UCCUGAGGAAGACUGCGGGUCGUUCGGACGUUUUGCCUGUCGCUGUAGGAGAGCUCCCGUCUCUCCGGGAAGGCGGCUGCGGCGUCAAGAUGAAGAUCUUUGUGGGCAAUGUCGACGGGGCGGAUACGACGCCGGAGGAGCUGGCAGCCCUCUUCGCGCCCUACGGCACGGUCAUGAGCUGCGCCGUCAUGAAACAGUUUGCCUUCGUGCACAUGCGCGAGAACGCUGGCGCGGUGCGCGCCAUCGAGGCCCUGCAUGGCCACGAGCUGCGUCCAGGUCGCGCGCUCGUGGUGGAGAUGUCGCGCCCAAGGCCCUUGAACACUUGGAAGAUUUUCGUGGGCAAUGUGUCGGCUGCAUGCACAAGCCAGGAAUUGCGCAGCCUCUUCGAGCGCCGUGGACGCGUCAUCGAGUGUGACGUGGUUAAAGACUACGCGUUUGUUCACAUGGAGAAGGAAGCAGAUGCCAAAGCCGCCAUCGCGCAGCUCAACGGCAAGGAAGUGAAGGGCAAGCGCAUCAACGUGGAACUCUCAACCAAGGGGCAGAAGAAGGGGCCUGCCCUGGCUAUCCAGUCUGGGGACAAGACCAAGAAACCAGGGGCUGGGGAUACAGCAUUCCCUGGAACUGGUGGCUUCUCUGCCACCUUCGACUACCAACAGGCUUUUGGCAACAGCACUGGUGGCUUUGAUGGGCAAGCCCGUCAGCCCACACCGCCAUUCUUUGGUCGCGACCGCAGCCCCCUGCGCCGUUCACCUCCUCGAGCCUCUUAUGUGGCUCCUCUGACGGCCCAGCCAGCCACCUACCGUGCCCAACCCUCAGUGUCACUGGGAGCUGCCUAUAGGGCCCAGCCUUCUGCCUCUUUGGGUGUUGGUUAUCGGACUCAGCCCAUGGCAGCCCAGGCAGCCUCUUACCGUGCUCAGCCCUCUGUCUCCCUUGGGGCCCCAUACAGGGGUCAGCUGGCCAGCCCUAGUUCCCAGUCUGCUGCAGCUUCCUCUCUUGGCCCAUAUGGUGGAGCGCAGCCCUCAGCGUCAGCCCUUUCCACCUAUGGGGGUCAGGCAGCUGCAGCUUCUUCGCUUAACUCCUAUGGGGCUCAGGGAUCCUCCCUCGCCUCUUAUGGUAACCAGCCAUCCUCUUAUGGCGCCCAAGCUGCCUCUUCCUAUGGGGUUCGUGCGGCUGCUUCUUCCUACAACACACAGGGAGCAGCUUCUUCCCUAGGUACCUAUGGAGCUCAGGCAGCCUCCUAUGGUGCCCAAUCUGCAGCCUCCUCACUGGCCUAUGGAGCCCAGGCAGCCUCUUACAAUGCCCAGCCCUCAGCCUCUUACAGUGCCCAAUCUGCCCCAUAUGCUGCCCAACAGGCUGCUUCCUAUUCUUCCCAGCCUGCUGCUUAUGUGGCACAGCCAGCCACAGCUGCUGCCUAUGCUAGCCAGCCAGCUGCUUAUGCUGCACAAGCCACUACCCCAAUGGCUGGUUCCUAUGGGGCUCAACCAGUUGUUCAGACCCAGCUGAAUAGUUAUGGGGCUCAAGCAUCAAUGGGCCUGUCAGGCUCAUAUGGAGCUCAGUCUGCUGCUGCGGCCACUGGUUCCUAUGGUGCAGCAGCUGCCUAUGGGGCUCAGCCUUCUGCCACCCUGGCAGCUCCUUACCGCGCUCAGUCGUCAGCCUCUUUGGCUGCUUCGUAUGCUGCUCAGCAGCAUCCCCAGGCUGCUGCCUCCUACCGUGGCCAGCCCGGCAGUGCCUACGAUGGGACAGGCCAGCCGUCAGCAGCCUACCUGUCUAUGUCCCAGGGGGCCGUUGCCAACGCCAACAGCACCCCGCCGCCCUAUGAGCGUACCCGCCUCUCCCCACCCCGGGCCAGCUACGACGAUCCCUACAAAAAGGCUGUCGCCAUGUCAAAAAGGUAUGGUUCCGACCGGCGUUUAGCCGAGCUCUCUGAUUACCGCCGUUUAUCAGAGUCGCAGCUUUCGUUCCGCCGCUCGCCGACAAAGUCCUCGCUGGAUUACCGUCGCCUGCCCGAUGCCCAUUCCGAUUACGCACGCUAUUCGGGCGCCUAUAAUGAUUACCUGCGGGCAGCUCAGAUGCAUUCUGGCUACCAGCGCCGCAUGUAGGGCCAUCCUGGGGAUGGGGCGCCACAGGAAGGGAGAGAGAGGAAGAGGUAGGGUAGGGUUCAGACCCAGGUCAUCACCACCCUGUUUCAUACCUCUCCCAAUGGUGAUUUUUCAUCCCCUCCCUCUACCGUGUGGGCCUUCCCCAGGAGAGGACCAUUUUGUAUUUGGCAGUAGCCUGCUUUGUUUCUUUGCCUCAGCAGCACAUCUUGCUACUGGCUGUAGAUCUGCGGUUUUCCCCUACCCUGCCAUCUUCCCAGAAUGGGCAUUUCUUUUAUAUUUUUAUUUUUUUUCCUGGCUCCCUUUAUUUUUCUGCGCGAUACUUGAGGUUGUUUGGAGGGUGAUACAACCUACAGCUGAUGUCGGGCGGCGCGUUUUUCUUUUUAGAUGUGAGGGAGGCCAGGAAAGGGUUACUUUAACCAUUUCCUGUGGGCCAACCUAUGCCAGCAGUCCAGGGGGCCCUGACUGUCCUCUGUAGAGACUAUUGAGACUGAGAUCCGGUUGGGACAGUCAGGUGGUAUGUGUCCAGAUCCCUGCUUGCCACUGAAGUUUAGCUGAUGGUGACUGGCAUAGUCCCAAUUCCCUAUCUGCCCAAGUAGGUGGUGUUAGAAACCUUAAUUUUUUUUUCUCUUUUGUAUGGACUACAAAUAAAACUUGGGGCGAUUUGUGGUUUGGAAACCUGGUUGUCAUUGUCUUGAUUGCAUUCAGUGUCAGGUGAGCCAGUUUGACAUCCAGGAAGACAUGACAGCUAAAGAAAGGCAGCCUGAAGACCCAGAGUAGGUAUGGAAAGGUGCUUGAAAGUGGGGUUAAGUUCAUUAUCAUCUUAAAUAGCAUGCCAUCUUUAGAACUGGAGAGCAGAUGGAUCAGUUUCAGUUGAUCACAUAAAUAUUCAGAACAAUGCCCAUUUUCCUCUGCUUAUGUUUGACUAAUGUCCAUGACCUUUUCCCAGUUCAGGAAACAAAGCAAAAACUACAAUCCUAUAGGAUGGUUCAGGCUGAGAUCUGACUGGGAUUGGGUAAUGGGCUGCCGCCAGUGUUGACAAAGCUAAUGAAGCCAGGCAGUAGGCUUGAGUGAGUGUUGAGGCUGGGACCUGGGAAAGAAGCCAUAGUGGAGUGGAGGUGAUGUCACUAUCUGGUAUUACCCUGUGGUUGGAGAAAUGAGGGGCAAGGAAAAUAUGAAGCAUAUGGGGCUAUCUGACCAUAUCGUGUACUUCGCCUGUUGAACUUCAUCAUGGAGCAUCCUUCAUGUGUCCUGCCAACUUCGGUCAUCACAACACCUGUCUGCAUCUAUUAUGGUUUUUAGAUACUGUUUUGCUGGGUUUAUAUCUGAAGGUAUUAUAAAACAUUCAUGAGAAGUGGCUGGGGUGCAAACAUAAUCAAGAAGGAAUGCUGAGAUUGAGCAAAGAAUUGAUAUACUUCAGAGCUUGUCUGGAAGAGGGCUGGAAGACCUGGGCAGUUUGAACCAGGGAUAAAAUGGAGGUUUGAACUUGAUGGGUAGAUAAAAGAAGACUGGUUAAGUGGAGUGAUAACAGAAUCCUGAUACUCCUUGGGGAAGGAUGCUUUAGAGACAUUUGGGGGCUUGGUGGAUUAAGGUGUGUGCGUGCAUGUGUGAUUGCAGCUGCAAAAUAGAUGGGGAGGGUUGUCUCUGCCUCCUUCAUUGGCAUCAUCGGAACUUGGCUGUGACAGUAGUUUGCCCCAAAUGUCUUCUUCCUUCUGCCCAUCAUGUAAAAAAUGCCUCAAACUCACAAGUUCUUAUUUGUGGCUAACGGGUAAAUGUCAGGGAGUACUGGGAUCAAAGCUCUCUUAUUUGCUUCUCUUUCUGCUCAUCACCUUGCCUUCAGGUGCUUUGCUGCUCAUGUGGGUAGAAUGGAAAGAUAGGUUUCUUAAUACUUUUCUCUGUGAUGGUAGAAUGAUCUGAGAGCUAAGUUACAGAUUUGGUGUGACUGCUCUGGGGGAGUAGAGGGUUGGAUGUAGGGCCUGAUUGUGGCCUAGGUAUUUGCAGUAUCUCUUUGUCAUUUUCCUUUUCCUCCAGCCCUUGUUCUGCCACAGUCACAAUUCCAUGGUUCCUGCAGAAAACAAAAACAAUCUCCCCCCUCCAACCAGCUUUAUGUAUUCCCAGGGCCAGUGUUGAUCUUUUUUUGCAGCUAAACUCAAAGUGAUUUGGUUUAUUGGAUCAGUCUAACUGUUGGCCAUCUUUAGAUCCUGAUGCCUCGUUGCCCCAGCCCUCAGGGUUCUCAUUCAAGCCAGAAGGAGCUACAGAGCUAAAUCAUUUGUCAUUUUCUUUUCUCUUGCAGAUUGUUAAAAAAAACUAUUUAAAUUAUUCAUCUCUAUUAAUUCUAUAACCCACUCAUACUUUGCUUUUUAUCGAUAUCUGAGUUUCAAGUUCUUAAAACUUGGGGAAAGAUGGGUUUGGUGAAUGGGAGGAUGGAAAUGUAACGAGUGUUUUGGGGAAAUGGAUUUUCAUCGCAUCUUCAGAACAUUCAACUUCUACACAUAGCAUCUCUACAUGUUGGCCAUAUUGGAGAAGUUUUGUUGGUUUAUUCCUGGAACAAGACAUACACAUAACCUUAUCAGCCUGCCCUCUUCAGAGGUUUGGCUUUUGUUUUAAAUUCUGUUGCCUUGCUGGGGCUCCAUUUCUUAAAAUAGAGAUAAUGAGAGAAUAUCAAUGAGGAGCCGGUCUCUAGAAGUGUGCUACUUUUCUAUACAACCCCCUUGUGUCCCCAGCUAAGCAGUGUCAGAGUCCUUGCACAGUCUGUUGGUUCUCCAGGCAUUUUGUCCUAUCAAGCCAAGUCAAGGGACAAUAGAGUAGCAUGGUAAAGCCAUAAUGAAAAUAUAUUUACUAGAUUUAUGGACUGGUGUUAUUUAAUAGAAAUUUGGGUAAUAGAGAAGAUAAAAUAGUACACAGAAAGCUAAUAUUUAUCUAAAUUAUGUUUUAAAAAGAUGCUAAAAUAAGGCCUUUUCUUCUGAAAACUCUUAAUUUCAGGUCUCCCUCUGGCUCAUAAUUAAAUCUUUAUAAAGUUUGAGAUGGCAGUGCUUGGGAGCUUGGUCUGGGGUUGGUUGGAGAGAGCUCUGCACUGGAAAGUAGGACCUACCCCGGCGAACUGUUAGAGUUAAUGAGCAGUGCUAGGCAAAGGGUGGACCAAGGAGAAGGGGAUGUGUCAGUGGCUAGAGAAUAAUUUUUUUGGUAAGAUUUAACUCAGGUUUGAG